AUGGAUAGCGGCGAUGAAGAUGAAGACCUUGAACAGAGAGAGAAGGAGCUGAAGGAUGCGGAAGACGAAGAGGAAGGCAUCGCACGAGCCGAGACAACCAGCGUCCAGUUCAAGGUUGCAAAGAAACCUCCAUAUCCGCUACUCUUUGCUGGUGCCAUCGCAAAAUCUUACGGCACUCGCAACUUCUCGUGGCAUCUCGAGGCCUUUCUCACGGAACGCGCUCGCUCUGCAACUCAGCUUGUCCCCCAGUCUACGAUAGCGGAGAUCAAGAAAAUCAGCACGAAAACUGGAGUUCCCGUGUACAAGCAGCUGAAGCUUUGA